GGCUAGCACAGGAAAAACAAGUGUAGAAGAUGAAGAAGCUGGUGGUGUUUUUGCUCUGCCUGGUCCUGCUGACUGUUUACACAGAUGCAGGCCCUAUCAUCAAGGAGAGCUUUGCUAAGCAGCUUCUCCGCAGCAAGAGGCAGGAGCGGCCAAUGAAGGCCGGCUACCCUGAUGAGCCAAUGAGGGAGCAUCUGCUCCACAUGCAGGCUCUGGAUCAGAGGGCCCAGGAGACCAACCUGGAGCACUGGUUGAACCCUCACUGCUACCCUCGCUGUGACAGGAACUAUGGAUACCCUGUGUGAAGAUGAUGACAAAGUGAAGGACCAGAGGUGACAAUGUGGACUCAAGGACAGCAGAAAACUCUUGAAAAACAGAAUGGAAAGACUUUUUCUCUCUCCCUCCUGAGAUAUAAUGACCAUGUGCAGAAUGCUGAAUAAGUGGUCAUGCAUAUAUAAUCUUAUUGUAUCACAGCUGUGUAGUUUGCUGUUUUCAGUAGUUUCUGAAGUUUUAUAUCAUGUCAUGUCAUCACAGAUUGAAGUUUGUGAGCAGUGAAUCAAAAAUAAAUCAAAAAGCAUGA